ACCGGCAGCUGGCUCUGGGCAGACAUGCAAAAAGGGCAGGGAAAAUGGGAAAAGGCAUUUCUUGUGAAACCGGAGUCAAGCCCAAGCCACUCCCCUUGCACACACCCCUUCCACCAGUCCUUAAACGCCCAAUGGCAGGUACGUGACAGAAUGACAGCCACCGUUACAAAGGACAGCUGUCAGGAUCAAUCCAGAAGAACAUUUUACAAGAGUCCAUUUCUCAGCAUCAAGCUCUUUGUGUUCUGCCAUGGGCUCCUGCAGCUCUUCCAGCUCUCCCUCUCCGGCUAUCUGAAGAGCUCCAUUUCCACCAUCGAGAAGCGGUAUGGCAUGUCCAGCCAAACGUCAGGAUUGCUGGCUUCCUUCAACGAGGUUGGAAACACGUUGCUGAUCGUCUUCGUGAGCUACUUUGGAAGCCGAGUGCACAGGCCCCGCUUCAUAGGCUGCGGCGCUCUCCUGGUUUCCCUGGCCGGGUUGCUCAUCUCGAUUCCUCACUUCAUAACCGAGCCCUACAAAUAUGACAAGUCCGUUGCCAGUUUCUUCAGCAAUAAGACGGAUAUCUGUCAGCCUGAUGCUUUGGGGAACAACGGGCUUCCCGACGAUGAGACCUGCGCACCACACAUGGAAAAGGAAAACCGAAUGGUCCUGCUAAUUAUGUUUCUCGGGCAGGCUUUGCUGGGCAUCGGAGUGGUCCCCAUCCAGCCCUUCGGCAUCUCUUACAUUGAUGAUUUUGCCAGCGAGAGAAACUCCCCUCUCUAUUUAGGGAUCCUCUUUGCUGUGACUGUCAUUGGCCCCGGGGUAGCAUUCAUGUUGGGAUCGGCUAUGUUGCGUUUCUACGUGGACUUUGACAAGCUUUCCAAAGAGGAAAUCCAGCUCACCAACCAGGAUCCCCGGUGGGUUGGCGCCUGGUGGCUUGGCUUCCUGGUUGCAGCCAGCCUCGUGGCCCUAUCCGCCAUCCCGUAUUUCUUCUUCCCAAGGGAGAUGCCUAAAGAGGUGGCACGAGAGAAGGAGAGUGAUGCUAAGAAGAGCAAAAGCAUGCUCAGCCAGCUCAGAACUGAAUCGGAUGCAAUGCAGGACGUCUCCUUAAUCAAAUUCGUCAAACUCUUUCCUACAAUCUUAUUGAGAAAUCUCCGACAUCCGGUCUUUCUGCUGGUGGUAUUGGCUCAGGUCAGUCUGUCAGCCAUGGUGGCUGGUUUAGCAACAUUCAUGGGCAAAUUCCUGGAGAGGCAGUUUUCGCUCACAGCAUCUUUUGCCAACAUGAUCAUAGGUGCUGUGAACAUCCCUGGAGCAAUGGUUGGCAUAGUGUUGGGUGGAGCCAUCAUGAAGAAGUUCCAGAUAUCUUUGAAACAAUCUGGCGCCCUGUGUGUCUUUGGCGUGCUCCUCUGUACCCUCUUUGCCUUUCCUCUCCUUUUUCUGGGGUGUCCAACACAGAAGGUUGCUGGCCUUUAUCCAGUAGAAAGUGCUGAAUUUGAUCAACACUCUUUGGAAUGUAACAAGAGAUGUCAAUGCCCUGAUAAAGCCUUUAACCCUAUUUGUGGGUCCGAUGGGACUGAAUACAUUUCUCCAUGUUAUGCUGGCUGCGAAGUUGUAAACCUUGACAAGCUGAAAAAUUCAAUUCUGAAUUACACAAAAUGUAGCUGCAUCCUUGGAAAUGGGCUGGAAGGAUACGCCAAGCCUGGGACCUGCGGCACCAACUGUUCCCGGUUCCUCGUCCCCUUUAUCGUGUUGUCCUGCCUGGCAGGCAUCCUGGCGAGCAUUUCACAUACGCCUUCCUUCAUGCUCAUCCUGAGGACUGUUCAACCCGAAGAUAAAUCCUUUGCUGUUGGGAUUCAGUUUAUGCUGCUGAGAGUUUUAGCCUGGAUGCCAGGACCGGUGCUGUACGGGAGCGCCAUUGACACGACCUGCAUCCUCUGGGAAAGGAAGUGCGAUCAGAACGCCGCGUGCCGGUAUUACAACAACGACCUCUUCAGACAAAGGUACCUUGGACUCCAGCUUUUCUUUGAAGUGGGAGCUCUCCUGUGCUUCUUGGCUGUGUUUUUCAUUCUCAGACAGCAGGAGAGGGAAAUCAGCAGCGCAGAGGAGCCAAAAGCAAACCUGGAGAAGGAGAAGCUGGUGGAAAUUUCAGAGAAAAGCCCAGAUUCCAAAGUCUAAGAGGGAGAACGGGAAUCGCAUUCGGUCCCCGGGGGACGAGAGCCGCGCAGCUUGCCUUUGACUGACUGUGAAGGAGGGAUGGUUGGAUGGAGACUGAGCUGGCAGGGAGACCGCUGCCCAUCUUUCUACUUGGAAUCGACAGCUUUUGCUCUGCCUUUGUUUUUAAAUGCGCUCUUUUACAUCUAACCAGGUCUGAAGGGUGCCCAGGCACGUUCACUUGGAUUCAUCCACCCAUAUGUACCCGUAUCAAUUCCUGUCCUCCUAAGCUUUCGUUCACCUGGCGGGCAGGAGGAAGCCAGUGUUUUAAGCAUUUAAUGCCCACAGUUGAAUUGUUUUAAUAAAAUAUAGGGUUGUUUUUUUACAGUUUAUAAA